UAUUGUGGCGUAAUGCUGGAAGACAAGGAUAGUUCAUCGCAGAGAGCUACGAGCAUGAUCUUACAUGUCUUUUCGAUUACAUUUGGCUGUUAUAAUUCAUGCAUUCCCCGCAGUAUUGGUGGUGGCCAUGAUUAGCAAAGAUGGCGCCGAGAAUCGAUGUCCACCAUCAUAUUCUGCCACCACAAAUUACACAGCUGCUUCAAGGCAAUCCUGCGAUUCCAAAGGGAUUGAAGCUGCCCCAAUGGACUGCCGAGAUGAGCGCUUUGUUCAUGGAGCAAAACCACAUUGACGCCGCCAUUUUUUCUCUUCCUGUUCCUUUGUCCGUUCUGGGCAAAGAAGGCGUAGAAGCUGCAGCAUUGUGUCGAGAGGUCAAUGGAUACAUGGCGGAUCUGCGGGUGAGGGACGAGAAGCGGUUCGGAUACUUCGCCGCACUUCCCUCGCUUGAGGAUGUCAACGCCUGCAUCCACGAGAUUCGGAUUGCCCUGGAUGAGAAAGGGGCGGACGGCGUCACCUUGUUCACAAGCUACAGGGACAAGUACCUUGGGCACCCAGAUUUCGCUCCGGUGUGGGAGGAAUUGCACGCGCGUGCAGCUGUUGUCUUCAUACAUCCCACCAUGGAGGGUGCCGAGAAAGCAGUGACGGAGCCACGGUUGUUGCCUCGACCGCUGGUGGAUUGGACGCAUGAGACGACGAGAACGGCAGUUCAUCUCGUCACUACAGGCACCUUGAACAAGUAUGACGCUUGCAAGGUUAUACUCUCGCAUGCAGGUGGCACGUUGCCCUUUAUCGCCGGCCGGGUUGCUGACCUAGCUGGGGAGAUGGCGCUCAUGGAGGGGCAGGGCGACUUUGUAGAGACGGCGAGAUCCUUCUACAUGGACCUUGCCUUGGCCGGGUAUGAGGCCCAGUUGAAGCUGACGCUGGAUUUUGCGGCGCCCGGUCAUAUCCUGUAUGGCAGUGAUUUUCCUUUCGCCGGUCAUGGUGUGGUUGCACGCCGGCAGAAAGCUCUCAUAGACCUUAUGGCCGGCGACGAGGUUGUUCGAGGGGCCAAGGUUUUGUUUCCCCGGUUCUUCAGCUGAAUAUCAAGAAUAGAGUUCAAUUUAUCAUUAUUGCGGCCGUUAUAUUCGAGUGCAUCUUCACCUACUUUUGUCGUUAUGUAUCGAUUAUUGGCGUAACUCGGUAUGACGGUUUUGGUUGACCAAAUGGCUUUGAUCACAUUAACCUACGCAUUUGUUGGCAUUGCCAGCGCUGCCUGCUUGUAUAUGACCCUGCGCGCCAUCUAUCGCCUCACCCUGCAUCCUCUCGUGUCCUUUCCCGGGCCCAGACUGCGUGCCGUCUCCCAUCUUCCACAUGCUUUUUCGGGCUGGCGCGGCCGUCAGCCCUAUGACGUUCGCGACCUCCACAGAGAUUAU